CAAAAGUACGAGGCUUCCCCGCCCAGCUUCCCGGUCCAACGUCAAAUCCUGGCGAGCGCAUACACCCAACACAGGCUAGGAAUUGCCCGAGCCGUCACUCGAGGGGGAUUGUCGACGUCCCUUCAUUCUUUCAACCCAUUUCUUUUCUGUCUUUCCUUUGUUUGACAGACCCGACAGCAUUGGUGCAUUACCCAGGCACUCGGACGCUGGUGGUGCCCACAUCGCUCCCUACCUCUAGCCAGUCGCACGCCGAAGCACACCCGCAUUGUGCUCGCGGCCUGCCUUACGCCAUCAUUUUGACUCAGACCCGGCAUAAACGGCGCCGAGAAUAAAGCCGGCCGCCUGUACCCGGCCCAGAGGGUAUACUUGAGCCAUAAUCCGGCGUGGCUGAAAGCGCAAUCGCCAAUGUCAUUUGCCCAGCUCGCCGUCAGCGCUGGCGCUGAGGCGUGGGCGGCUCCAAAAGUCAGCGCGCACAUGUCUCCGAUAUCCGAGGUGCGGGACACCACUACCAAAACAAGUGCCGCGGCCGCCGAUGACCGCGAGAGGAGCGCUUCUCGCUCCGUUUCACCGCCCUUCUUGCCUUCUUUAUCUUGGAGGCGUCACCGCAUGUCCACCUCCGACUCGAGCAGCAUCUCGUCGCGCCUCUCGCUGGCGACCGGCUCCAUCACAAGCACCAGCCCCCCACCAUCAUCAAGCCUGAGCCCGACGUACACAGACUCCUCGUACGACCAGCAUGUCUUUAUGCAUGCGAACCCCUGGGUAACCUCUAAGCCCGGCGGCACGCUCGGCCGCAACUCGACGACAUCGCCCCUCGCGAGCCCCAUCACGCUCAGCUCUGUUGGGGACGAGCAUACGGUCCCCAGCCCAGAUAUGAUGGAGUCUGAAGGUGCUAUGGAAUCAUGCCCCAGCUCGCGUACGCCACGCUCAAGCUUCUGCCUCCCCGCUGAGGCUUGCGGUCCGAACCCGCAGCUUUAUUCUCGCGAGCCUCUCACGUUUCCGUACCGGCCCAAGCGCAGGAACAGAGAGUCGUGGGACUCGGCGCUGGGCUCGGACAUGAACGGGCGACGUACCCGCGGCAGCUCCUUGGCCGGCCCGGACUUCCAGCCCUUGCCGGCGGUCUUCGCUUCGCGCAACAACAUGCUGCCGCCACCGCCGCGCGAGGCCAAUCGGCUGUCCAUCUCGUCCAUCCCAGGGAGCGUCAUCCACAUCGACCCACACUCCCCGGCCCCUCGGCUGUCGGGAGGGGCUGAUGACGGACACGACCUGCAGGCGUGUUCCCCACAGGAGCAGUGCGACGAGACAUCGUCGGAAACAACCCUGCCGGCAGAGGACGCCGCCGGCCGGAUCCUCAACUACGCCCUCGACGUCGCCUUCGGUACCAACGCCUACAACAUCGAGACCUCAUCGGUGUGCCGGUCCGUGGUGCACAACUUCAUCAGCGACCUGGGCUGGGCCGUCGACCAGGGGCAGCACCAGCAGCGGGAGGACGUGGUCGACGACUUGCAGCUGGACCUCGAGUCCCCUCACGAUGCCGAUGGCCGCGGCGAGCAGCAGCAGCACACGCGCAACAGUCCGAACGCAUCUAACAAUGCUCAGCAGGCGGGCAAGAGGCGCAGCGCCGGCGGGAGGGGGAAGAGGAAAUCGCAGGAGCUGAGCGACGACGAGCAGGAUGGAGAGGACAGCAACGACGAGGGCGACGCGAGGCAGUCGUCGGAGCCGGGGCCGUCCAAGAGGGUAAAGCCCAACCCCGCCGUGCGCAUGAGCUGCCCGUACCGCGUCAAGAACCCUCUCCGGUUCAACGUGCGCGACCACCGUCUAUGCGCCCUGACCGUGUUUACCGACACCGCCGAACUGAGACGCCACAUACAGGACUGCCACAAGAGGCUGGCCAACUCGCCGUACCGUUGCCUUCGGUGCGAGGUCCAGUUCGACUCGAUGGAGAGCCUCCGCGAGCACCAGAAGAGCACCACCCCCUGCCCCGUGAACCCCGCCGCCGACGCGGGCGGCCUACACAACCCCGAGGACGGCAUCGACAGCGCCACCGCCAACCAGCUCAAGUGCAAAAGGGGGCGCGUGGCGGACUCGAUCGAAGUGCAAUGGUACAAGAUCUGGUGUCUGCUUUUCCCCGACUGCGAGGUGCAGCCAUAUGACUACUGCGCGGUCAUGGAACACCACGAGCUCAAGGAAAAGUACCUGGGCAGCAUGUGUUCCCUCAAUAAAUCCCUCUCCGUCAUCGGCCUGGGUGAGCGCGGGCUCGAGACGCUCGACCGGAUCCUCACCAACCACUUCAUCGGCCUGUUCGAGCAAUGCAACGAGGAGGGCCGCAGCAAGGACUACCGCAACAGGCAGCCAAAGGCGGCGCCGGCCCAGCAGCAGCAGCAGCAGCCGACACCCGACGACAACGGCCAGCUCCGCAAGCAGUCGUCUUUGCGCAAGCGUCUCGCCGCCGCCCAGCGCGACUCCCAGCGCGACUCGGGCUUCGUCGAGGACUAUCAGAGCAUCGUGGGCGGCCUGCAGGAGGCGGGCGUUGUGGCCGUUGUGGGCGGCAGCGGCGCGUCGUCGGAAGAGGGCGGUGGCGGUGGAGGUGGCGUGGGCAAGUUCACGCCGCCUGCGACCUUUAUUUCCGACAACGGGUCCUCGUCCUCGCCCGGCGCGUCGUUCCGCAAGGCGCAGCAGAUGCAGUUUGCGCUGCCGCCGGCGGGCCCCUUCGGCCUGGCGCCGCCGCCGGCGCGCGACGACAACAACGACAGCGUCCCCGCCGGGUUCCCUCCCGCGGGCCCGUUCGCCGGCUCCCUCGCCGGGCUAGACGCCUCCCUGCUAGAGCACUCGGACGACGCGAGCUGGGCCAUGCACGGGUCGUUUGCCGACUACGACGCUAUGGCUGCUGCUGCGGCCGGGUACGGACACGCCGCGCAGCUCGACCAUGGCGGGUUCGGCUUCCCCGUUCACCCGAGCGCAUCGCGGCACAUCGUCCCCAACAUGGUGCCCAUGCAGUUCGCGGGCGGUGGUGAGAUGCCGGACGCCCUGCAAGACAGCACCAGCGCGUGGGUGUAUAGCCAACACCCGUGAGAUGGGUGUUGGGAGUUCUCAAUGAGGUUAUGAAGUGUUUUGUGUAGGAUAGUAGCUGGAUGACGGAUUGUACAAAGGAUUGCAUGUCGGUGCCAUCAUAUAGGCGGGCGGUAAUGUCUCAUUUUAUAUUGUCUGUUUCAAUCCUGGUCUUCCAGGCGUCACCACUGAGUAUCACAGGUCUCGCAUAAUGUUCCAUCUCAAGCUGGAACCGCUAUUUUUUCAACGGGGCACUUCAAUCCAUACCCAUGGUAAAUCAUAACACGUCAUUUCGAGAUACUAUUGAUAAAUCAUUGUGUUCCAGGGUGCUUUCGUCUGGUACAGCGACUGCAGCUUCAAGGAGCCAAACAAAUACUCAUUGCUUCCAAACCCACA